GCCGGCUACUGCGCGUUACCGUACCGUUUUUUUCGUUGGCGCGACGCUAUUAUCGCGUUACGAGCCCGCCAAAUCCGCCACAUCUCGCCGGGCCGCUCGUCAUGGUCCGAUCUCUUCCUCAUCUACCGGUCAUAAUCCUUCGGACAUUGUUAAUCAUUGGGAGAUGAACAUAUUGCCGAUUUUUUUGGAAUAAAGUUAGUAAUUUAGAGGUUUUUUUCGGAGUUUAUCGCGAACUUUUUCAGUUGUUUUCGUGCGUCGAGUGAACUGUGAGUCUUUGUGUUUUGUUGGUGGUGAUGUUUUUGUUCGUGGGGAUGGAGUGAGAGUGGGGGAAUGUGUUUUGAAGGGAUAAUUGUGUUUUUAUGGGGUUUUUGAGGAAAUGUAGAUAGGCGUUGGGGGUGUUUUAGCGGAUAUUCGGGGGUAACGGGAAAUGCGAGUCUCUCACUCCAUUUCGGUGCGGAAAAGUUGAGGUUCUUGACGGUCGCGGGAGGUGACGAUGGGACGCUAAUCGGAGGAAGUCGCGCGGUUUAAUUUAACAGUUUUGGAAACUUUUUGCUGCUAUCAAAGGAUACGGGCACUGAUGGCUUAUGACGGCACGUGAAUCCUGUACUAAUUGAGAAAGGACCUGGAGACCGAUUGACAAUGGACAUGACAGCGGAGAGGCCACGAACUGCUGGGCGUAUAGCACCGAGCGGUCGUGUAACACCGACUGUACACAAGUCCAACAAUGCAAGACGAAAAGCUAUACCAGUACCACCACCCCGCGUUCCCACCCCCAUGCCCUCGGCUAACAAUAAUCAUCAGAGAAGCAAUACGAACAUGGAGAAUGUUCCAGUAAUGCCAGCACCAAAGAUCGAGCAUCAAGGGAGCAUCGAUAAAAUAGCGAAACGAUAUCUCGAUGAUAACAUGCAACAGGCCUGGAUAAAUCCUCGAUUGAUAUCAAUGAUUAAUAUGGAAGCUGUCACAUCCACGGAUUAUGACUCAUCAAAUCUGACUCGUAGUUUCAAUCAAAUGGGCUUCAGCACCUAUAAUUAUCUCCAGUUUGAGGAAAAAUAUAAAUCUCGUCAGUACCUUGAGCACCAGCGAAAUCCAAUCAAGUCGAGUUUCGCUAGUAGAAUAUUCUCCCGUCAGUCCAGCGAUAGAAAUGAAAAAAUUGAACAAAAUUAUUCCAGAAGUCAUUCGCAACCUGAAAAACCACAUCAUUUGGCGUACGAUGUACGUUCAAGAUCGCAGGAGUUCCGUGAACAGAUGUAUUACCAAGAUGAUGGGGCUGGUAAAGCAGAGAGUAGACAUACGAAGUGUCAUCGUUCAAGCAAUGAGAAGAAUCAUGAUAAUACAGCCAAUGUGACACAGGAUAAGAAGGAAUCGAAAUUGGGAGGGUCGGAUAAGGCUGAGAAGCGAGAUAAAUCGUGUGUCUCCAUUCACGACAAACAUAAUCAUGUUAGACAGGAGCUAAAGAUUAAUGGACAGGGCAAUCAGUUGAACCGGCCAGAGCCAGUUGAGUGUCACUUACUGGGCCAUCAGAGAAACGAUGAACCACCGAAAUAUCGUCCACUUGACAGGCCACCAAAGUAUCAAGAGGAUGCACCGAGGACUGAACCACCUCCAAAGUAUUGUGAGGUGACCAGACGUCAGGAGGACAUGAAAAAAUGUCAGGAGGAGAAGGUACGACGACAAGUGGGGACUAGGGGCGGUAGUGGUCUCGGCGCCGAGGCGCCCACUAAUCUCACCAGUAUCACGCCAGCCGCGCGAGAGCCAAGAGGGACGUCAGCGUCACGCCAGCGUUCCAAUCACAAACAAAACGACAUUGAUACCAACGAUGAUCAAACAAUUAAAGUACCUCAUCAACAAUCCAGAAGUAAUUUCAACGGUAGCUCCAGUACCUACGUAAGUGGUGGAGUAAUUCUCGGUGUAAACAGUGCAGUCCUUGGUCCAGAAGUCAUGAUCGGUUGUCCUGAUCCAAAAUUCAAAGGUGUUGAAUCUUACCUCAAGUCCGAUAAACAAAAGCUCGACAAGAUCAAGUGUGAUACUGGAAAAUUGGCUGAGAAAAUUAAAUCCGUGCAGGACGCCAUGUACAAACCCCAUGAGCCAGGUAAAACGAAGAGUCUUCAUGACACUGCUAUCAGCCACGUGGGCUACAAGGUUGAUAAUAUCAAGUACUAUGGUGAAUUGAAGGGCUUUAAAUCAUACGGUGCCAUUGACAAACCCCAUCAAUACGCGUCUUCCGAUAAAGGACACUCGAGUCAUGAUAAAUCACACGCUAGAUCGUCGGUUAAAUGUGAAAAAAGUGGUUACAGUGAUAAGUACAGUGAAAAUUACUAUCAUCGACCUGUCUACUUGAAAUCACCGGCUCUAUAUCCACCUACGGUAUUUCAAGAGACCAAGUAUGCAUACAGUGUCAAUGGAGUUCCUGGAACGCCGGCGCAGGCCAGUGCUGCUGCUGCAUUCUUCGCAAGGGCUGCGCAGAAAUGGAACCUUUCAUCGAGUCCCCAUCGUCGACGACGUUCGGGGGAUGAAAAUGUUGGCUCGGAGGAGCCAGUAUUUCCAAAUGGAUACGGUGCUCUACUACUCAGGUCACCACCACCUGCACCACCGGUAUUUCUGAGGAGAAUUGGAGUGAAGGAGAUGACUGGAGUCGGCAAAGUCAAAGUGAUGCUGAGGGUUUCGUCGGGCGAUGGCGGGAGCUUCUUCAACGCUGACAAGCGGAAAAAACAGGUGACACUGGUGGAUCCAACCGCUGGACAAUCAUCAACGGCUGAGGACAGAAGGCCAACAGUCGCAGCGCCAAAGAUGUUUGCGUUCGAUGCCAUUUUCACCGAGGAAGACUCCCAAACUGAAAUCUGCUCGAGUGCUCUGACAGAUGUGAUUCACGCAGUCAUAAAUGGAACGGAUGGCUGUCUCUUCUGCUUCGGGCACGCUGGUCUAGGUAAAUCUCACACAAUGCUGGGAACUCCAGAAGCUGGCCACACCCUGGGGGCAAUCCCUUGCGCCAUAACGUGGUUAUUUAGAGGAAUUGCUGAACAACGUCAACGAACAGGUGCCAGAUUUAGUGUUCGUGUCAGUUGUGUCGAAUUAACGACCGGUCAGCAGCAAUUAAAGGAUCUCCUCGCCGCCUAUGCCAAUGAUUCUGAGCAGUCGCCGGCUGUCUACCUCCGCGAUGAUCCAUUUUUUGGGUCUCUUUCCCUCCAACAACACAGCGAAAUUCGAGCUCCUACGGCGGAGAGGGCAGCAUUUUACUUGGAUGCAGCGGUUGCUGGUCGUCAACGUGAAGACAGUGAUGCUCACAUGCUGUACACCCUUCACGUCUAUCAAUACAGUGUAGCUGGCAAGGGUGGAGUUGCCGGUGGUAGAAGUAGACUUCACUUAAUGGACCUGGGUAACUCGGACAGAGGUAAAGCCGCAGGGGGUAUACCACUCUCGGGACUUGGUAAUAUUUUACUAGCGAUCUUCAAUGGGCAGAAGCAUCUCCCCUACAAAGAGCACAAAUUGACGCAACUCCUGAAGGAGUGUCUCGGGUCAUUAACCUGUCAUGCUGCGAUGAUAGCACAUGUCUCACCAAAUGCCCAACACUACACGGAGACCCUGACAACAGUACAAUUAGCAUCACGAAUUCACAGAAUGCGUAGACGAAAGAUUAAAUUUGUUAGUGGUGGUGCACAGGGUAAUGGUAGCGGUGGAAGUUCUGGGGAAGAGGCAGCGAGACAAACCAGUGAGUGUGAUCCAUCAUCGAGUGAUUUAUCAGCUGAUACUGUUAUAUACGUAGGACCCGGUGCUGAUGAUGCUACAGACGGUGAGCAUCCACCUGUCUAUUUACCAAGUUUAAAUUCCGGUGACAAUCGUUGUGCAAUGGGACGUGCACUCCGGGGAUCGGCCGCCGAACGACCGACGAAAAUCCCGGAGGAACGUAGUCCAGCGCAUAAAGCCCCGAAGGCUGUCAAGAGCUUAACCCAGACGGCAUCCAAGCAAACGUCACCAGCUCACUCAGCGACCCCCAAAGCAAGUCCUGUGAGAAAAAUAUCAUCCACCAAAGUACCCACUUCAUCAUCCAAAGGGGGAAAUGAUUCUCCGACGAAUAGCAAACUGCCAGCUGGUACGACAGGUGGAUCUGACGAACAAUGGAUCGAUGGCCCAAGAAUAUCAAAGUCCAAAGUUGCUGAGGCCCGUCAUCUGCUCAAAGAUCCUCAUCAUAAGAGGGAGACUUGGAUUGAUGGACCGAUGCAGCUGAGCUCUGCAUUACCUGGAUUGAAUUCAUCGUCGACGCAACAUGGGGGGUAUGGUUUUAUGGACAAUCACAAGAAGAUCAUGAUCCGGAAAUGGGUGGAGAAUCAAUCGUCCCAAAUUCAGAGGGCAAAGCACGCUGCAUCAACAUCGACAGCCUCCAAGGACACGAAGCCCGGGAUUUUCAGGGACAUGGGAAGCUUCCGGAGCUUUGAGGAUGGUGAGGAUGACACCUCGUUGUCGACUGUGGGAAGCGAUAGCUUAAGGGCGACUGAUGUGGAAGACUGUUCUGAAAAGCACGGUGCCAAAUUAAAUCUUCUCAACAUCAAGUCGAAUGAUGAUUCCGGUCUGGAUCUAACAGCGAGUCCAGGUAUGGAGGAGAGCAUCGGCCAGUGUCGGCUGGAUAGCGCUCAAGAGGAUGAGGAUGACGACGAAGAAAUAGUUGUACCACCUCCUCUACCCCUCAUCGAGCCACUUAGUAACGGAGUUAGCAGAGAAGUUUCCAUGGAAAGCCUCAAUUUAUCCCACAAAGACAUCCUUCCGUCGAGGCAUUCAUUAUCAUCCGAGGAUGAAAUCCUUGAGAUUGUUGAGGUGGAAGAUCUCGAACCCGUGCCCAUGCAGGACUCUUGUCUACAAGUCACCGAGGAGGAUAUUGCAUUGUGCAUGGGGGAAAAUCCAUUGCCCGAGAGCGAUCAGGAGGAACAUCCACUGAGGAUACUCAGUCAGGAGAAUCUAACUAUUGUCUCAACGUUUACGGAUUCCAUGUCAGUCAUGUCAGACAGUGAGAGAUACAAACCACAAUUUCAACAAGGCGUUAAUGCUGGUAUGGGAGUACUACCCAGACCGUAUUUCGAUCAUGAGGAUUUCCUUGAACAGGAGACGAGGCAUAAAUUCGAUCAGUUGGCGAGGCUGCAUGAGCUGUAUCAGAGUAAAUUGGCACUGGCUAAUGUUUCAAAUUCUGUGACUUAUCAGAGGGAGAAUUCAUCGGCUGUUAGCGUUAAGGAUGUCACUUCAAACGUCUUCCGCCCCCCAUCGCGUUGUCAGUCUCUCUCUCUAUCCGACGUCCUCUUCAAUGACAACGCGAGCAACCACGGGAGCAUCUACAGCGAGCCCGCGUACAUAGUGGGCAAAGCCGAGCAGGAGAAGAUCUGUGAUAACUGUCGUCAGAGCAUGUCUCGUCCAGCAACAGCAUCGUACUGGUAUCCCAGCAGUGUCGCUCAUCUGGCGAGUCCCAGGAGAUUGUGUGGAAAACUGGGCGAGUGCAAUAUAUCUAGUCUCAGACAUCCCGAUGGUGCGUCUAAUCCGAAUUUAAAAGAGGAGAUCGAGAGGAUACCCGGUAAUGGAGCAUCAGGAUCGGAUCCCGAGGAGGAGUACAUUGAAGCGAAAAAAUUGUUCACCACUGCUGAAAGAUCGGAGAGAACUGUCACAGGAAAAUCGGAUAUUGAAGAGGAGACGAAAGUUCCAGUGAAUGUCCCUCUGCAACUAUCAAUUCCGUCCUCUCUACCGUCCUCGGGUAGAAUGCAGCGGAAACUUCUGAGUCUCGGCUCGUCGUACGGUCUGAGCCGAGAGAGUUACGAUUCAGGGGCAGAUUCCACCCCAAAGGCAGCUAAACUUUCGCCGGCUACACUCUCCAGACACAGAGCUGAGAGCUCGGGUUACGAUAGUGUGGUCAGAGACAGUGAGACAUGCAGUAUCGCCAGUGAUUCGUCUAGGCAGACCAGUGCUCUUCAGGAGCAUCAAGCGGUGGGACAGCUGGGAGAGUACGUGCAGCAGGAACAGCUGGAGGGGCCCGUGAUACUCGUUUACACAGACGAGGACGUGGAAAUACUGGAUCGACGAGGUCGUCUACGCUCGGAGCCACGUGGCACGAUGUCCAGGAUAAACAACCUACGACUGCGCCAGCGCCUACUUAAGAUUGAACUCAGAAAUGCCAAAAAGCGAUUGUUGAUACCGGACGACAGAUGGACCUAUGACUUGCACGUUGAAAACAGCAUGGACUGGCGCGAUCCGUCCUUCCUGGAGGCCCUGGAGGCAGAAACGUCGAUCCUCCAAAAAAGGGUAGAAGCCUGCAAGAGUCACGUUCUCCUAGUGACAUGUUUCGAUUCUCACCCAACCCAUCGGAAAUCGGAAAAGCGAAUAUCAUGAUGACUAUAAUUACCCUUAGGCCUCCAUUAAAUCGGUGAAAUCAUCCACUCGAAAUGUUCAAUUUGCAUCAAUUAAUCAAUACUUAUCAUUGCCGACGUACUAAACCCAUCGCCUCAUUAAUCAUCCAAUUAAAAGACUGUCGGCUAUUGCCAAAGUAUUAUUCCAGAAUUAAUUAAAUGGAAAUUAUGAGGUGGUGUAAUAAUUCCGACUGAUGACAAAAAACGAAAAACAGCCACUUGAAUAGUCAAUGAAUAAACUAAGACAAUUUUUUAAUGUCAUCAUCUGAGUCAAUUCGAACAGCAUUUUAAUCUAAUGGACUAUAAAAAUAUCGAAUUUACCAUAGAAAACCAGGAAAGACUGAUAUAUUUCUUGUGCGAGACUCUUCACUGUUGGAAAAAUAUUGAAAUUACAUAAACAACUGAUUAAUAAAUUCAAGAGAGUAACAGUGAACUCGAUUAGGGUUAGAAAAAUAUUAGACAAGUUCUGAUUUCCUUGAAAAUUCAAUGAAUUUCCAGUUUUUUAACUGCAAAACUGAAUUUGCAAUUUUGUAAAAUAUAAAAAUAUAUUUUCCUCAUUUUCGUUCCAUAAAUUGCCAGUAAAUAAUUGAGCCCAAAUAAAUCGUUUGAACUGAUUUAUUUUUAGAAUCCUAUAUAUUCUAAUUCAAAUGAAUUUCAUGAAGAAUUCAAUAUACUCUAACAUUUCCUUUCCUGAAUUAUCCACAAAUCUAUUCACUCUCAUGAAGUAAUUGAAUUUGCAAUUAAAGAUUCGAAUUUUCCAUGAGAAAAUUCUUUCAAAUUCCAUUAAAUCUCUUAGUGAUAAAAAAUCCCAAUAAGUGUACCCAGAAUUUCAGGAAAAAUAUUUCAACAGUGGUGUCGACAGAGAGACGAAUGAGGAGAGAGAAUAAGUGUUCGAUUACGCUAAAAAAAAUACCACAAACUGCCAAAUAUCAAUCAUCAGAUAAUAAGCGAGAGCUGUACCCAGUGAAAAUAGAGACAAAUGUACUUCACGCACGAUUCAUUCAACAUAUUACCGUAGCUUUAAUCGUUAAAUCGCAAUUACCGCACGAGGUAGCGCUCUGUACUUCACUAGAAAGAGAGAUGAAUUGUAUGGGAGAGAGAAUAAAUUAAUUGUAAUUUUAAAUCGCAAAGAAACAAGUAUUUGUUAGCAAUGUUGAGAGAAACUGAGGUGUGUAGAGAACAAUUUUACAGCUUCGAAUCGAGAUUUGUCCGUAUUAACUGGAUAGUUGGUUCUCCCCGAUCCCAAAUUAUACUCGAGAUUAAAAAAUGUAGAUAGAAUGACUCCCCACCCUUAUUUCUACCCGCAAUUAUUUGAUGAUUCAAAUUUUAUCAAUUAUUUACCUGUUGCCGAGUAAAUCAAUUCUAAUCAUUCGUUUUCCUCCAUUAGAAAAAUACUAAAUCGAUCUCCUUGUUCCAAUUAAUUAAACAAAUCCACUAGUCUAUGAAAUGCACAAGAACUCAUUUAAAAAAAUCCGUUAUAAUUGUUAAUCGCUUGAACAUUAAGACUUGACCAAAAAUUGAAGAAUCUGAAUCACUAUUAAUACUGUCGAUGUCAAAUGUGUUGAAGCACUGCCAAAAAAAAUAAAUAAAUAAAUGGGACGGAAUUAUUACCGUGAUAUACCAGAUACUCCGUCUGCAAUGAAAACGAAAAAAAAAACAUUUUUAAAUAAUCCAGUAAGACCAUCUUUGUAUAAAACCAAUUGUAUGAUAUUUAUAUUUUAUAUGUACAAAUUAGUGAUGUAAUUUUCUUGUAAUAAAGAUAAAUUUACAAUGUGCAUCCCA